AUGAUUGCAGAGGAAACAAUGAAUUUUAAUAUUCAACGAGACUUUAAUUGUGUAGAGAAAUUCAAUAAAGAACAACGAUUUGCAUAUGAUAAAGUUAUGGAAAAAGUAAAAAAUGACUCAAGUGGUACUUUCUUCAUUGAUGGUCCGGGGGGAACGGGAAAGACUUUUUUAUACAAAGCACUUCUAACUGCUGUAAGAGGUCAAUAUUUCAUUGCUUUGGCAACAGCGUCCUCUGGAGUCGCUGCGUCUCUGUUGCCUGGAGGUCGCACAGCUCAUUCAAAAUUUAAAAUUCCUUUAGAAACAAUUGGUGAAAUAAAUUGUUCUGUUAGCAAGCAAUCAGCUUUAGGAAUAAUGUUGAAAAUGUCUAGGUUAAUAAUUUGGGAUGAAGCGCCUAUGGUAAAUCGUUGCGCUAUUGAAGCUGUAGACAAAUGCUUAGAGAUAUUACUGAUUGUAACUUGCCUUUCGGUGGGAAAGUGA